AUGGACGACAGCUUAUUACAAGAUGGGAUUACACUCCACCCCAAGAUUCCGGGCCUAGCGCGCAAGCGCAUCAUUAUCUGCUGCGACGGAAGUGGACAAUCAGCUGUCUCAGGCGUGGAAAGCAUUCCAUCCAACGUUACCCGCCUCUGCCGCGCCAUCAACCCCGUCGGUAUCGAUAAGCAUGACAAACUCCCUUGGCAACAAGUUGUCUGGUACGACUCCGGUAUUGGCACAAACUCAGCCGGCAAAGUCCCAGCCGGAAAAGACCUCGAAGGAAAUGUUAUCGAGGCCUACAACUUCUGUGUGCUAAACUGGAGCCCCGGGGACCAGAUCAUGUGCUUUGGCUUCUCGCGGGGUGCAUACGCUGCGCGCGCUAUCGCAGGGUUGAUCUCUGAUCUGGGUAUCUGCUCCAGGGCUGAUCUGCAGAAUUUCCCCGAGGUGUGGAAGCUUUACAAGAAGGCUCAUCCAGCUGUUACUGGCGAACGAUUUUACGGCAGUGAUGCCUAUUUCGAUUAUCGUAAAGGGAAACCGGCUGAUCCUCAGCCAUUAGAGCAAAUGGGAGCUAACGACAGCAUUGCGUGGGAGUAUCCUGGGCGUGGUCGGUGGGCUUCUGAUGAGUCAAGAUCGGUUGAGGUGGUUGGUGUUUUUGAAACGGUUGGUGCGCUUGGAUUCCCCGAGCUAUUUGGGCAUGAGGUGCCUCAGUGGCUUAGCCGGACUGAUAAGCCGGAAUGGCAUAAUGUGGGACUUUCUCCAAGUAAGGCUCCUGUCUUUGGCUCUGGGAGCAUGCAACUGACUCAAACUAUAGACAUUAACAACGCGUUUCAAGCACUAGCUCUGGAUGAGCACCGUGCCGCAUUCACACCGACUCUAUUCUACAUUCCGCCGGUCACCCAAGCCACGGAACGGCAAAUCAGGGACCAAGAAAAGAAGGUCGACAUCGCGAAGGCCGAGUGGGAGACGGUUUUGACUACCUACCGUCCGCCCCUUGCGGAGAUACAGAAUGCGAUCAGAGAAAAAAAUAAAGCCGAGCGAGAGUUACUGGAGCUGAAGGAUAGCCUGAAAGAACGUACGAAUCUGCUGCAAGUCUGGUUCCCAGGAGUCCACAUCAACGUCGGCGGUGGAUCCGACCUCAGCCUGAAAAACAAGGGGAACAUGGAGGAGAUGUCAAACAUUGCUUUCUCCUGGAUGCUGGACCAAAUCAAAGAAUUUGUAUCCCUCAAUACCCGGACCCUGGAGGAAGAUCAGAAGGCUCGCCACAAGCGACUCGUUGACAUCAACGACGCCCUCGAUGCGUACGAGGCAAAAAUCGCCAGGCAGAAGAGGGAAUCGUGGGCGCAAUGGGCUUUGCGAAGCGGCCAAUCCGUCGCUUCUUCAAUUCUUCAUCCUUUCUCAGCAGGAGAUGUGCCAGCCUACCCAAAGCAUCGCACCUAUAGCUGGGGUCUGAGCGAUCUACCAGACAACUUUAGCCUUUUAUACUAUGUCAAUGGAUCUCGGCCCCGAACACCGGGUCGUUACGCCGUCGAUAAAGAUGGGAACAAGCUCGGCGAGACUUUUGAGCAAGUUCACCCUGUUGUCGGCUACCGCGUUCAAGAGACUGAGUAUCGUCCCAUUCGGUUAGCAGGAUCAAACUACCAGCGCCGAGAGAAGAAGGGAGGCGGCUAUGAGUACUGGUUUAAGUAUCCUGGUUCAUCGAAGUAUGAGGUGCUUGCUGAGUGGAAGAUGUCGGAUGAUAUCGAGUCAUACGAGAGAUCGGCGGUUACUGGCGAGGAUGCGCGUGAAUAUGCAGCGGCUUUGAGUAUUCAGAGGUCAUAA